AUGGCGAACAACUCGUACAGCGGGGUGAAGAACUCCAUUGUGGAGGCCAAUCACGAUGGCGACUUUGGCUGCUCGCUCAAAGAACUGCGCUCCCUCAUGGAACUGCGAGGCGCGGAAGGCCUAAACAAAAUUGCGGAAUCUUACGGGGACGUUCACGGACUCUGCAACCGCUUAAAAACCUCACCUACGGACGGUCUGAGUGGGCAGCCGGCAGACAUCGAGAAGCGGAAAACAGUGUUUGGGCAAAAUUUCAUACCGCCCAAAAAGCCCAAAACGUUCUUGCAAUUAGUGUGGGAGGCGCUGCAGGAUGUCACACUGAUUAUCCUGGAAGUGGCAGCCGUAGUUUCACUUGGCCUUUCUUUUUAUAGACCUCAAGAUGCCGAAAGAGAAGACUGUGGGAAGGCUGCCGGCGGCGGGGAGGACGAGCACGAGGCAGAGGCGGGCUGGAUCGAGGGCGCCGCCAUCUUGCUGUCGGUCAUCUGCGUGGUGCUGGUGACGGCGUUCAACGACUGGAGCAAAGAGAAGCAGUUCCGCGGCCUCCAGAGCCGCAUCGAGCAGGAACAGAAGUUCACCGUGGUUCGCGGCGGACAGGUCAUCCAGAUCCCCGUGGCCGAGAUAGUCGUCGGGGAUGUCGCACAAAUCAAAUACGGAGACCUUUUGCCUGCCGACGGUCUUCUCAUCCAAGGCAACGAUUUGAAGAUCGACGAGAGCUCGCUCACGGGAGAGUCUGACCACGUCAAGAAGACGCAAGAGAAAGAUUUAAUGCUGUUAUCAGGCACCCACGUGAUGGAGGGCUCAGGGAAAAUGGUGGUCACAGCGGUGGGCGUCAACUCGCAAACUGGAAUUAUUUUCACGCUGCUCGGUGCCGCGGAGGAUGAGGACGAUGAUGAUGAAGAUGAAAAGAAGAAGGAAAAAGAGGAGAAGAAGAAACAAAGAAAAAACAAGAAGCAGGAUGGUUCCAUUGAAAAUCGUAAGAAAGCCAAAGCGCAGGAUGGCGCCGCCAUGGAAAUGCAGCCUCUAAACAGCGACGAGGGAGGCGACGCGGAGGAGAAGAAGAAAGCCAACCUGCCAAAGAAAGAGAAAUCGGUCCUGCAGGGCAAGCUGACCAAACUCGCUGUACAAAUUGGCAAAGCGGGAUUGGUGAUGUCGGCCAUCACCGUGAUCAUCCUGGUGGUGCUGUUUGUGCUCAACACCUUCUGGAUCCAAAACCUGCCUUGGGUCAAGGCCUGCACACCCAUCUACAUUCAGUUCUUUGUCAAAUUCUUCAUCAUCGGCGUCACCGUGCUGGUGGUGGCCGUUCCCGAAGGCCUCCCUCUCGCCGUCACCAUCUCAUUGGCGUACUCCGUCAAGAAAAUGAUGAAAGACAACAAUUUGGUGCGUCACCUGGACGCCUGCGAGACGAUGGGCAACGCCACGGCUAUCUGCUCGGACAAGACUGGGACGCUCACGAUGAACCGCAUGACUGUGGUGCAGGCCUACGUGGCUGAGAAACACUACAAGAAGGUGCCAGACCCGGAGAACAUCCCCGCCUCCAUUUUAGAUUUCCUAAUUCUGGGAAUAGCCGUCAACUGCGCCUACACGACCAAGAUCAUGCCUCCAGAGAAAGAAGGGGGCCUGCCUCGGCAAGUGGGGAACAAAACCGAAUGUGCCUUGCUGGGAUUUUCUACCGACCUCAAACGCGACUACCAGACCAUUCGCAACGAGAUCCCCGAGGAGAAGCUACACAAAGUGUACACCUUCAACUCGGUGCGCAAGUCCAUGAGCACGGUGCUAAAAAUGGCCGACGGCAGCUACCGGAUGUUCAGCAAGGGCGCUUCGGAAAUCCUCCUGAAAAAGUGCUAUAAAAUCCUGACGGCAUCUGGCGAGUCCAAGGUGUUUCGCCCGCGAGACCGGGACGACAUGGUGAAGAAAGUGAUCGAGCCCAUGGCCUCCGAAGGACUGAGGACCAUCUGCCUCGCGUACCGUGAUUUCAGCGUGACUGACGGCGAGCCCGACUGGGACAACGAAAACGACAUCCUCACCGGGCUCACUUGCAUCUGCGUGGUGGGCAUCGAAGACCCCGUGAGGCCCGAGGUCCCAGACGCCAUCAGAAAGUGCCAGCGUGCCGGAAUCACGGUGCGGAUGGUGACCGGCGACAACAUCAACACGGCACGCGCCAUCGCCAGCAAGUGCGGAAUCCUGCAGCCCGGAGACGACUUCCUCUGCUUGGAAGGCAAAGAGUUCAACCGACGGAUACGCAACGAAAAGGGAGAGAUUGAGCAAGAGCGCAUUGACAAGAUCUGGCCCAAACUACGAGUGCUGGCUCGGUCGUCCCCAACUGACAAGCACACUUUAGUCAAAGGUAUUAUUGACAGCACCGUAUCCGAGCAGAGGCAAGUCGUCGCCGUCACAGGGGACGGCACCAACGACGGUCCCGCCUUGAAGAAAGCAGAUGUCGGCUUUGCCAUGGGUAUCGCUGGCACCGACGUGGCUAAAGAGGCCUCGGACAUCAUCUUGACGGACGACAACUUCUCCAGCAUCGUCAAAGCCGUCAUGUGGGGUCGCAACGUGUACGACAGCAUUUCCAAAUUCUUGCAGUUUCAGCUGACCGUCAACGUGGUGGCCGUCAUCGUGGCGUUCACGGGCGCCUGCAUCACGCAGGAUUCGCCAUUGAAGGCUGUGCAGAUGUUAUGGGUCAACCUAAUCAUGGACACUUUCGCCUCACUGGCUCUGGCCACGGAGCCGCCCACAGAAGCCCUGCUGUUCAGGAAGCCGUACGGCCGCAACAAGCCUCUCAUUUCUCGCACUAUGAUGAAGAACAUUCUGGGUCAAGGAGUAUACCAGCUGGUCAUCAUCUUCACACUGCUGUUUGCCGGAGAGAAAAUGUUCGACGUCGACAGCGGCAGGAACGCGCCCCUCCGAGCGCCGCCCUCGGAACACUACACCAUCGUCUUCAACACUUUCGUCCUCAUGCAGCUGUUCAACGAGAUCAACGCUCGCAAGAUCCACGGCGAACGCAAUGUUUUUGAUGGCAUCUUCAACAACCCCAUCUUCUGCAGUAUCGUCUUUGGUACCUUUGUCAUCCAGAUUAUCAUCGUGCAGUUCGGAGGGAAACCGUUUAGCUGUGUGGCUCUCAGCAUCGAUCAUUGGCUUUGGUGCACUUUCCUAGGCUUUGGCUCGCUGCUGUGGGGGCAGGUCAUCUCCUCGAUACCAACCAGUCGCUUAAAAUUCCUGAAAACGGCGGGCCACGGAACCCAAAAGGAGGAGAUCCCCGACGAGGAGCUGGAGGAGCUGGACGACAUGGACGAGAUCGACCACGCCGAGCGAGAGCUACGUCGCGGCCAGAUCCUGUGGUUCCGCGGACUCAACCGCAUUCAGACCCAGAUGGAUGUAGUGAGUGCGUUCCAGAGCGGAACUUCCUUUCAGGGGGCUCUGAGGCGGCAGGCCUCCAACUCCAGCCAGCAGCAGCACGAUGUAACCAAUGUUUCUAGCCCUACACAUAUCCGCGUGGUGAAUGCAUUCCGCAGCUCCAUCUCCCUCUAUGAGGGCCUGGAGAAGCCCGAGUCGCGGACCUCCAUCCACAACUUCAUGACCCACCCGGAGUUUCGGAUAGAGGACUCAGAGCCGCACAUACCCCUGAUAGACGACACGGACGCCGAGGACGACGCCCCCACUAAACGCAACUCUGCCAGCUCCCGCAACGCCUCGCCCGCGCCGCCCUCGCCGGCUGGCGCCGCCCCGCCUUCCCCCGGCCCCACCCUUAACGCCGCCUCCCCCAACCAGAACAAUAAUGCUGUGGAGAGCAGCAACCACCUCCUCCCGGAGACCACCAAAGCGGGCGACCACUCGGUGCCUGGCAGCCCCCUACACAGCCUGGAGACCUCCCUUUGA